GCGGUACCGGGGGGCGGUGCCGGUAGCACCGGCGGGCGGAGCGGGCGCGGCCAUGGCGCUGAACCUGGCCAAGAACGGGCGGGCGCUGCAGGAGGCCUACGGGAGCGUGGUGGCCGCGGGGAGCCGCACGGACUGGGCUCUGUUCACCUAUGAAGGCAACAGCAAUGACCUGCGAGUGGCUGGCUCUGGAGAUGGGGGGCUGGAGGAGAUGGUGGAGGAGCUCAACAGCGGGAAGGUGAUGUACGGCUUCUGCCGCGUGAAGGAUCCCAACUCCGGGCUGCCCAAAUACGUGCUGGUCAACUGGACAGGUGAAGGUGUCAAUGACGUGCGGAAAGGAGCCUGCGCCAACCACGUCAGCACUGUGGCCAACUUCCUGAAGGGGGCUCAUGUCACCAUCAAUGCCCGGGCAGAGGAGGACGUGGAGCCUGAACUCAUCAUGGAGAAGGUGGCCAAGGCCUCCGGGGCCAACUACAGCUUCCACAAGGAGAGCAGCAAGUUCCAGGACUCGGGGCCCCAGGCUCCCGUGGGCUCUGUGUACCAGAAGACGAACGCAAUGUCUGAAAUCAAGCGGGUCAAUAAGGAUAAUUUCUGGGCCAAAGCAGAGAAGGAUGAGGAGAACCGGCGGCUGGAGGAGAAGAGGCGCGCGCAGGAGGAGCGGCAGCGGCGCGAGCGCGAGCAGCGGCAGCGGGAGCUGCAGGAGGCGGCGGGCCGGGAGCAGGUCUUUAAAGCCAGAUCCAGUGAAAUCGAAGCCCAGAAGAGACUCCAGCAGCAGCAGGAGGCUGAGAACAGGGACAGGGAGCAGCAGCAAUGGGAGGAGCGGGCUGAGCAGCAGCAGCAGCAGCAGCAGCAGCGCGGGGCCGGCCGGGUCAGCGAGUCGCUGGAGAAGGCGCAGGAGGCUGCCACGCUGGUCGCGCAGAGAGCCGUCAACCCCCGCGACAUCUUCAGGCAGAGGGAGCGAGCGGGGCCGGGCCCGGGGCUGCCGGCACAGCCAGGGAAGCUGCGCAGCCCAUUCCUGCAGAAGGAGACGAACUCUGUGCCCGCUCCUGCCUCCCCCAGCCGGGAUGUUUGGGGGGCCCCCCCAGCCUCCCCAGCACCUGCAGCAGGACGGGACUCUGGAUACAAUUCUGGUGUCCCGGGGUCCCACGUGGAGGAGAAUCUGUAUGAGGAGCCUCCGGAGCCCUCGGCCAUCUACGAGGAACCACCCCAGGAGCAAGCUGAUGAUGCCAAAUAUGACUACGGGGUGGAGUACCAGGAGCCACCGGACCUGGCGGGGAAGGGGCUCUGUGCCCGGGCACUCUAUGACUACCAGGCUGCUGAUGACACCGAGAUCUCCUUUGAUCCUGAGAACAUCAUCACCAACAUCGAGAUGAUCGAUGAGGGCUGGUGGCGCGGCUACGGCCCCGACGGCCACUUCGGGAUGUUCCCUGCCAACUACGUGGAGCUGAUAGAGUAGGGACUGCCUCGGGGGCUGGCGGGGCUCCAGCCCCGGGACUGCUCCAGGCCCCCGAGCCUCAGCUCCUGCCUGAUCCUUCCAAACACACGGCUUUUUCUUCUCUCUCUCUCUCUCUCUCUCAGUCAAGUGCCAUUCCCCGUCCCUGGCAGUGGGCCCCCCAGGCGCUGCCUCCCUGUCCCCCAGAGCUGCCCUUGGGUGGGUGAAGGAAGGGUCCCAUCCCGCCCUGAGCCUGCAGGGCUGGUCUCCCCCUCCUCCCUCGGCGUUGGGGUGGUGAGGAGGGCGUGAAAAAUCCCUCAGAGGAACUUUCAGGGAACUAAUUACCUCCCCCCUGUGCUCCCUCCCACCCCGUGACCUUGGACCUGCUGCAGCCACACUGGAGAAGCCAGUUUCCCAAUUUUAUCUCAUUGGAAAGGUUCAUCAGAAUAACUGUGGUAUGCUGCAGGGUCUGACAUGAGGAGAGGUGAAUCCUCUGUUCCCCACCACCCUGAGCACACUGAGCUUGCCACGUGUGAUCUUGUGUUCUCCCUGCUCACCCCACUGUUCGCCCCCCUCACCCCAAACAUGCUCCAGGGAUUUGAAUUGGGAUGAAUAACGUCCCCUGCAGCGCAGAUCCAGCCAGGCCGAGCGGGUGGGACCCCCCUCCCCACCCCAAACUCACUGUGAACAAGGAAAAGCCCAGCCCAGCCCAGCCCCUCCCCUGGAGUUUCCCACCCUGGUGUCGCUUUAGGAAUAGAAGGAGAGGAAGGGCUAGGGGGUCCCCAGCCACCCACCCCUCCUGCAGCUGCAGGGGACACGGUGGUUUCUCUGAGUCUCUCCCCCAAGCUCCUUCUUCUCCCUGCUCCCCCCGGGCCCUCCCCAGCUACAAUAAAAGGGCUUUUCUUUGGUGA